AUGUCCCUCCCACGACCACAUUGUUCUUUCACCAUCCCCAGCAUCCACGACGAUGUAGAGCUUGACUGUCGGAUUUACUAUCCUCGACGAACAGAGAGGAGUGCGCGAGUUUUCGGACGGGGUUUCGCAAUUCUCGCACACCCCUACGCACCACUGGGGGGAUGCUACGAUGAUCCUGUCGUGGCGCUUGCUGGCGGCGUCCUGCUCCAGAGCGGUUAUUUCUUGACCACGUUCAAUUUCAGAGGUGCUGCUGGCUCGGCAGGAAGAACCUCCUGGACGGGCAAGCCAGAGCUGAGCGACUACGUCUCGGUUUAUGGGUUAGUGCUGUGCUACAUCGACGCCAUCUUCCGUCGACCGCCCGUGGAGGAUGCCGCUCGAGCGGGGAAACCAGUAUUAGUCCUCGGAGGGUAUUCGUACGGAGCAAUGAUCGCGUCUCAUCUGCCCGAGGUGGACGUUGUGAGCGACCUGUUUCGCUCGCCGGCGCCAGACUCGGCCGAGAGCGAGAUCAGCCGUCGAGCUGUAGACCUGUCGCAGGACGCACAGGCUUAUCUAGACAUGCAUUCCGGGUCGGCGACGCUGACGAUACCGCGGGUCCGCGGUGGAGCAGGGGAGCCGGCAACGAAGACAAGUCCCGGUGUGGUGAUGAUGAUGGGAGGCUACGAGUCAGACACUGCCGGCCGACGAGUCAGUCGGGAAAACUCUAGGAGAAGCGUCGACGGGGAGAGAAUCAGACAGAGUGUGGACCGGAUUCGUCGCAAGAUGAUCAGCCCGCACCAGCCCAGCAGCCCGGCGCCGUCGGCAACAAAAGCUCCAGUAGUCGAAUCCGUCACAAUUCUGCCAGAGGUGGCGUAUGUCCUCAUAUCCCCGAUAUUGUCGACGGCUGCAGGGUUCACGACGAUGUUUUCAAAGCUCAGAUUUACUCGGAAGGCCCGCGAGAUCACUCACUCCCCGACACCAGAGUUCUACGAGCUUACGCUGCAUCCGUGUUGUUGCUGUUACGGCACACGGGACAGGUUCACGUCUGCGGCUAAGUUGCAGCGGUGGACACAGGAUCUACAAUCGCAGCCUGGUUCUCGAGUUGUCACCGUCAGCGCAGACACAGGCCACUUCUGGCAUGAAGCAGAGGGGGUUGUCCGGCUUCGACACGGUCUCGCCGAGUUCCUGGACUCCUUGGGACAGAGUGCACCUCCAGACCGAACUGGAGCAAGGGAUGCCGUUGUGAAGCAUCUAGAAACUCCAGAAGAGACAACCAGCCACCUUGCAGCAGGAUGA